UCUAUCAACUUCGCCGCUGUAAUGUCCAAAUUUCCCCAUUGUGGGACGAAUAAAGGUAUAUCUUAUCUUUUCGUGUCUCCCCGUGUGUGGGUCGAACACAGGUUGGACGGACAGCGCGAGUCCCCCAGCUCGACAGGGGGCAGCAGAGAUGCACAGAGCGCAUGAACAACGCAAAAUGCACACGAGCUAAAUGACGUCACUGUUUCAAGGGGGGUUGGGUGUAGGUGUAAACAAGGAGAUAAAGACGAGACCCCGGUGCUUGUGCCUUCUCAGAGUAGACGGCGGACAAGGCGACGGUGGCUCGCGUUACACUAGCUGAAGGCUCGGUCAUCACAUCUGCCCGAAAUGCAGUCUGUGGUUAAACAUAACUUCCAUGCGGAGAGCGAAGGAGACAUCAACAAGCUCGUCAACCUGAAGCUCACCGCGUCCUACACCUUCCUUUCUCUGGGGAUGUUUUUUGACAGGGAUGAUGUGGCCCUGCCGAAAUUCUCCAGUUUUUUCCUGGAGCGCUCCGUGAAGGAGAGGGAACAAGCGGAGAAACUGCUGGAAUAUCAAAACAUGAGAGGAGGCCGAAUUUUGCUUCAGACUGUUGCCAAACCAAGUAGAGAGGAUUGGAGAGGUGGUCUGGAUGCUAUGUCAUUUUCCCUCGACUACCAGAAGUCCCUGAACACUUGUAUCCUUGAUGUGCACCGCAGGGCUGGCAUCAACACCGACCCCCACCUGUGCGACUUCCUCGAGCAGCAUUUCCUCAGCGACAGCCACGAAACCAUCAAGAAGCUGGGCGAUUACAUUGGAAGUCUGUCCCGCCUCACUUCAUCUGAGACACACGGUCCUAUGGGAGAAUACCUCUUCGAUAAACACACACUGUAAAGUUCACAGCAACACAAGUUCCAAAAAGACAGCAUUUUUUACACUACAUUCUUGUACCUAGGGGCAAAAGAGAAGUUCAAAGUAAAAUUACCAAAAAUACCUCAGUUUUGCUUGAAAGAAAAAAAAUUCCCGUUCUCACUGACAUGGUGCUAAAUACUUCAAUUUUAGAAAGCUGUUAAAAUGAGUCACUCUUGCAUGUGUCACGCAUUCCACUCUCAGGUUUUAAUGUUACCUUCAGAGUUGUUUUGUAAAAUUGCAUACUAAUUGAAUACAAUCAAAAUGUCACUUGAAAGAUCAUGGAGACACUGAAUAAAAUUAGAUUAUGAUGA